UGAAAAUUAUCAAACUCGAGCUAACUGCCGAAGAAGUAAUUACAAUUGAAACAACUGUAAAAUGAAGUGCACUUUGGUACUGGCUCUCGUAGCCACAUGUUUGUCUUUAUCCCUUGCACAUCUUCCAAAAAGACAAGGACCACCAGUCUUGAUUAAUCGUCCACCACCACCUAAACCGCAUCACUAUGCAAGAGAAGCCAAUCCUCAAGGAUCAGUCAGCGCUACAGUUCAGCAACCAUUGAGUGGUCCAGAUCGUCGGCCAACUUACAAUCUUGAUUACAAUCACAACAUUUGGGAGGGCAAAAAUGGACACGUUUCAGCCUCAGGCGGUGCUGUCAAAUUACCUGGGCAAAGAUGGGAACCCCAAGUUGGAAUCCAGGGACAGUGGCGAUUCCGAAGAGAAGCAAAUCCUCAAGGAUCAGUCAGCGCUACAGUUCAGAAACCAUUGAGUGGUCCAGAGCGUCGGCCAACUUACAAUAUUGAUUACAAUCACAAAAUUUGGGAAGGUAAAAAUGGACAAGUUUCGGCAAGUGGUGGUGCUGUCAAAUUACCUGGGCAGAGAUGGGAACCCCAAGUUGGAAUUCGAGGACAGUGGCGAUUCCGAAGAGAAGCUAAUCCCCAAGGAUCAGUCAGCGGUACAUAUCAACAACCAUUGAGUGGUCCAGAUCGUCGGCCAACUUACAAUAUUGAUUACAACCAUAAAAUUUGGGAGGGCAAAAAUGGACACGUGUCAGCAUCAGGUGGUGCUGCCAAAUUUCCGGGUCAGAGAUGGCAACCCCAAGUUGGAAUUCAAGGACAGUGGAGAUUUUAAUCAGAAAUCUGAUUCUGAAAAUAAUUCAGUAUUAAAGACUGAGGAUUAUCUUGUAAAUAGAUAGAUGUAAAUAUUUUUUUAAUUCGUGAAUAAAUUAUAAAUUAGAAAACAGAAUAA